AUAACAGAAAAUUGUUUCUACUGCAGACGACGAACGUUCGUCAUUCAUUGCGGAUGAAUGGAUAUUGUGGUUCUCAGUUAUUUGACACUUGAUUAUAUUUUACCUGUUGGCAAAUAAACAACUAAAAUUGCCUAUUAAAAAAAAUCAAUUCCAAUUUGAAAAAGUGUGUCCACAUUGUCAUGAAAGUGUCAUCAUUAUUUGGGAUUAUUUUUAACAAAAAAGUGUUAUAAUUUUUUUUUUUGAAUUUCGGAAAUUUUCUUCAUCAGGUACAGGUCGUCUUUACGACCUUUUCCCCCACAAAGGUGGCGUGGGGAACUGCGGUAAUGGAGCUACAAAGUUGGUUACUCUAUCACCUUGUGGCUGUACCGGACUGCAAUCAAGUUCCUUUUAUUGGCAUUGCUUGAGUUUGGAACCAUUAUUUGAUUUCCAAUUCCGUUAUCAUCGACAGGAAAAGGUACUUCCACUUAUGUUUGAUGUGAUGCAGUCCACAGCUACAGGGGGUGGAGUUUACCCUACUGCAGGAGCCGGAAGUAGGGCUCGCGAUUUAGGUCUUCGUGCUCAAAAAAAAAUUCUUGGCCGAUUUGCAUCGACAGGCACAGGCAGAUCAUUAUUAAUUGAUGAUGCGACAACAUCACUUUUGGAUAAUCUCUAUAAAUUAAUGGAAAAAACUGCAAAGCAGAGUCCAAAUUUGGCAAAAAAGCAACCGGAAAAGGUGCUCAAGAAUAUCGUCAAAUUAUCAAUUAAGAUAGGACUAUUGCAUCGAAAUCAACAAUGGAGUCCAGCGGAUGAUGAAAAAAUUGCUGAAAUUAGAUCAUCAUUGAGAUCAACAGCAAUGUCUGUAGUUUCAUUUUAUGAAUUGGAUUACAGUUUCGAUAAGCCGUACUUAAUGAAAGCCCUGGAAAGAUGUAGAACAGCAAUUCAAAAUUUAAUAAAACCACAUCUAACCGACAAAUCGCAGGAUCGUUGUGAUCUUGUCUUUGAUUUUCUCACACAUCCAGAUUUUUUGGAUUCAAUUUUUCGACAAGAUUCCGAGCAAAAAGCAACGCUUGGUUUAUUAGUCAACGAUAUAAACAAAGCACUCGACGCUGGUCAUCUCUGAUUUCGAAAAAAAAAAACCAACAAUUUUACAAAAACUCAAAUUAGAAAAUUCAACAAUCCUCAGGAAUUAGGAACAAUUUCAGAACUGACGAUUAAAUAAAAUUACAAUAUAUAUACAAUAUUUAAUAUAAAUACCGCGGUGUUAUUUAAUUUUUUUUUUUCAUAUUUUUUAUCUUUAUAUAAAUUCAAUCGUGAUUUUUUGAAAAUAGAAAUUUAUUUAUUUUUGUAGAAUUAAAAGAAAAAAAGAACUUUUGCGCUGUUAAUUUAAAAAAAUUUUUUGGGAAAAAAAAUGAAACUGCUCAUGUCAAAUUUUUCGAAACUUAGAAAUUAUUCUGAAUAUCUAGAAAUCCCUGACCUUUGAUAUAUAUAAUAUAUAAUAUUGUAAAAUGGACAAUGCCAAUUAUUUAUUAUGCAUUUCGAUGCAAAUUUUGUGUGUAGAUAUUUAAUAUUAGAAUUAUGGAUAAUGUCCUGAAAAAAAAAUCCCCUUCUGCAUUUUAAAAAACAAAAGUAAAUUUUUUAAAUGCCUUAUUAAUCUUUGACAAAUAAUGUGUAACAUUUUUGUAUGACCAAAAAAAAAAAAAUUCACAAAGAUAUGAAAAUUAAUUUUCUUCGAUGGUCAUAAAAUAUAAUAUUUAUGCACUCUUUAUCAAAACAUAUCGUUGAUCGUAUUUUAAAUAUAGGAAACCCUGAAACAAAGUGAGAAUACAUAUCUUGAUUUAUCCAAAGUUCAGUUUUUUUUAACGAUAUCGUGUAUUUCCAGGUUUUUAAAAACCAUUUUUUUUUUGGGAAUAACCUCGUUUUUUUUUUUUAUACAUUAUACACUUAAUUUUAAGAUAAAUUAACAUUAUGAGGAAUAAUAUCUUCAAAUUUGUAAAAAGUCGUUAUCAUCAAUAAAUUAUUUAUAAAUAAUUGA